GUGGCUCUUAAAAUUCUACUUUUUCAACUAGCCAAAUACACCAAAAAUCCAAUAAGAGAACUACAAAUAGCACAACUUUUUUUUAAAAAAAAAUUAUUAUUAUAUAUAUACACACAUUGUAAUUGGAUUACACUUUGAAGAAUUGGAAAAAUGGUGAUGUCUACAUUGUUGAAAUUUCUAUAUCCUCCACCACCAUCUUUGUUUAUUACUACAAUGUCUGUUAUAAGUUUUGUUUCAUUAGCAAAUUCUGGAUUUUCAGAAAUCAAAGGGAAGCAUAUGCAAUAUUCCAAAUUCUUUGGAACAAUAAAAAAUGAAAAUAAUGAGAAGGAGAAAAAGGCUAGAAUUGAGAGUAAAAAAGGGAUGCUUUUGUUAUAUGGCCCUGCAUUUCUUGGUGGUGUUUCCUCUUUUGCAAUUUUCCCAAAUGGAGAUUUAAGGUUUGCUUUGGUGUGUUCUGCUUUAACCAUACAUUUCUUCAAGAGAGUCUUAGAGGUUCUAUUUGUUCACAAAUACAGUGGUUCAAUGGAUGUUGAAGCUACCAUUGUAAUAUCAUGUAGUUAUUUCCUCUCCACAAUGAGCAUGAUUUAUUGUCAACACCUUACUCAAGGUUUGCCAGAGCCAUCUAUUGAUCUCAAGUAUUUUGGAUACAUAAUAUUUUUGGUUGGUAUAAUUGGCAACUUUUACCAUCAUAUUUUGCUCUCUAAGUUGAGAACAAAGGGUGAAAAAGAGUACAAAAUUCCUCAAGGUGGCCUAUUUGAUUUUGCAAUAUGUCCACAUUACCUCUUUGAGAUUCUUAUAUUUGUAGGAAUUUCUUGCACUUCUCAAACAUUAUAUGCAAUUUCAUUCACUUUGGGAACUACUCUUUACUUAAUGGGAAGGAGCAUUGCUACAAGAAGAUGGUACAAGUCCAAAUUUGAUGAUUUUCCAAAGGAUAUUAGGGCACUCAUUCCUUACAUAUUUUAGGCUACUUGCUGAGGGCCUUCAAUUUUUGUUUAUGUGCCUAUGUUGAACAAGUAUUAUAACAUUAUUUAUGUAGAUUAUUUAAAACAUGCUGAAUUUUAAUAAAAAUUAAACGAUUUUGUAAGGGGUAUAUAUUUAUACUCGUCUUCAAUAUAUUCUUGUUUUGAGUCAUCAUUGAAUCAUAAUAAAAUUGA